AUGGGACGAUACGAAUUCACGGGUCCUAGCGACUCCAGCGACCACGACUGGGAGGGUGGACUGGAAGGAGCUCGCCUCUACCUUGGGGGCGCUGGGCUCUACGUAGCUUUAUUCCUGACAGGGCUGGAGACAACGAUCAUUGGUACCACGCUUGUUUCCAUCACGGAUGACCUACAAGGUUUUGGGAAAAGCAGCUGGAUCAUCACAUCAUACCUUCUAACAUAUGCUGGCUUCCUCAUGCUUUGGUCCAAAGCUGGUGACAGAUGGGGAGUGCGGCCCACGUUGCUCACUUCUGUCGCUCUCUUCACCGCGUUUUCUGGUGGUUGUGGUGGUGCACAGAGCCUGUCCCAAUUAAUCAUUUGCCGGGCCUUCCAAGGCAUGGGCGCAGCCGGGAUAUACGGUUUGGUCAUAUUCUCUUUGAUCCGAAUGGUGCCGAAGAAAGAUUAUGCCACCGUCACCGGUGUGUCUGGGAUUGUGGCCUCGUUGGGAUUGGUCAUGGGCCCCUUGUUCGGGGGUGCAAUCACACAACAUGGGGACUGGCGCUGGGUAUUUCUCCUAAAUGUCCCAGCCGGUGCCUUAUCUUGGGGAUUGAUCUAUUUCUCCCUGCCGUCAGGCUUCCCAGACCCACCGGGAACUGAGAGUCCGGCACUAGGGCCCUCCUCGUUCUGGACCCGGCAGGGUGUGUUACUUCGCCAAAUUGACUUUGUUGGGGCGUUCCUCGUGCUUGGCACGUCCGUUUUCAUGGUUGCCGCAUUGCAAGAAGGUGACUAUGAUUUUGGCUGGGAUUCCAGCGCGGUAAUCAUUUUCUUCGUGCUUUCAGGGCUCUGCUUCCCUCUCUUCCUGUGGUGGCAGUGGUUCCUCAGUCGAUGGGAUCUUGCCAGCCAGCCAAUCUUGCCCUGGCGACUGCUUGUCAAUCGCCUUUUCGUGGGAGCGAUCCUUGGGUCUCUAACCACGGGCGCAAGCCUGACGGUAAGCGUUGUUGAGAUCCCACAACGGUUCCAGGUUGUCAAUAGCAGCUCACCUCUCGGAGCCGGGGUAAAACUCCUUGCCUUCGCCGUCAGUGUCCCUGCCGGCAUGAUGUUCUGCUCUAUCGUGGCCGGUCGAUAUCCACUGCCCCUUGUCUACCUUGGAAUCGCCGGUAUUUGUUUGCAAGUCGUAGGGGCUUUCCUCUAUUCGAGCAUACCUUCCGAGACGCAGAUAUGGCGUGGUCAGUUCGCCUACCUCGUCCUGGCGGGGUUUGGUAAUGGUCUGGCGUUCGGUACAUUUUAUUCUAUGCUGCCACUGGUCGUGACAAUGGCGGAUCAGUCCAUUAGUAUAGGGACGGGAUUUCAGCUACGCAUGCUUGGCGGUGCUCUUGGGAUCGCGGCGGCGACGGCCCUUCUACACAGCUAUACUCGAAGUCACCUUGCAUCAUUUCUCCCCGCCAACGAGGUGGAUGCACUUGCCAUAUCCAGUCAGAUAAUUGAUACCCUGACCCCUGAGAUGCAGGUGCGGGUGCGAGAGCUCUACGCCGAAGCGUAUAGCGAGCAGAUGAAGCUGGUAGGGGGCUUCUCGGCCGCUCAAGUUCUCGCCGUGGGGCUGGUGUGGAAGCGGAACAAUGUGCGUAUUGUCAAAUGA